AUGAGUGACCCCAACAACCCUCACAUCAAAAACCGCACCACGCCCCAAUGGGGUCUUUACCAGCGAGAGAACUUCUUGAAGCAGAAUGAGGGACAGACACCCCUGUUCAACACUGACCCACGAAAACUAGAAGAAAGAGCCAAAGAAAAGCUCAGCGAAGGCGGCUGGUUCUACGCCUCCUCAAACGCAGGCCUCUCAAACACACACCUAACAAACCGCCAAUCCUUCUACCGCCACCGCCUAAUCCCAAACCAACUAGUCGACACCAACAACCGAGACACAUCCACAGAAAUCUUCAAUCACAAAGUCUCCGCGCCCAUCGGCUUCGCUCCAAUAGGAAUAAACAAAAUCUACCACCCGUCCGGCGAAAGCGCCGUCUCAAAAGUCGCCGGCGAACUCAACCUCCCCUACUGCCUUUCCACAGCGGGGAGCACCUCAAUCGAAGAUGUGGCGGAAGCAAAUGGAACCGGCAACCCGCGGUUCUACCAACUAUACAUGCCGCACGAUGAUGAACUGACACUAUCACUCUUGACACGAGCCUGGGAAUCUGGCUUCGAUGCCCUGAUUCUCACGACGGAUACGUGGCAACUAGGCUGGAGACAUGAUGAUGUCGCCUCAUCGAACUACGCCUUUUACCGUGGUUUCGGCGCGGAUUUAGGGCUGUCAGACCCCGUAUUCCGGAAACGGUGCAAGGAAAGCGGGAUUGAUCCCGAUGUCGAUGUUGUCGGCGCAUCGAUCAAAUGGAUUGAUUCCGUUUGGCAUGGGCGUGCUUGGUCAUGGGACAAGAUUCCUUGGUUGAUGGAGCAGUGGAAGCGGAUUAGCGGUGGACGGCCGUUUGCUAUUAAGGGGAUUCAGUCCGUUGCUGAUGCGCGGCGGUGUGUUGAGUAUGGGGUUGAUGGUAUUGUUGUGAGUAAUCAUGCUGGACGGCAGGUUGAUGGGGCUAUUGCUAGUCUUGAUGCUCUUGAGAGUAUUGUUGAUGCUGUUGGGAAUGACAUUUAUAUUAUGUUUGAUUCUGGGGUUAGGGGCGCUAGUGAUGUUGUUAAGGCUUUGGCGCUUGGGGCAAGGUUUGUUUUUGUUGGACGGUUGUGGAUUUGGGGGUUGAGUAUUGCUGGGGAGGAUGGCGUUAGGCAUGUUAUGAAGUCUUUGUUGGCGGAUUUGGAUAUCCUCAUGGGGGUAGCUGGGUUCAAUGGGGUUGGGGAUUUUGAUCGAUCGAUUCUUGAGUCUGGUCCCAAGAAUUACUCGUUGAUUCCGCAAAAGAGUCUGUGA